ACAGGCAUUAGGAUAAAUGUGAAGAAUAACAAAUCCCCUCCGCCUGGGAGCCAGAAUCUGACAAGACUUGAAUUACUGGAACAUUGCUCACUCACUCCAGUAUGUAACUGGGAACCGUCCCUAGAAGCCACUAGCAGCUCAGCUGAGAGGGAGAGAAGACGCUACACACUAUUGUCAUGGAUAACAAAGCCUUUGACUGCUACCAGUGUAAGAAAUCCCUUUAUGGUCAAAAAUAUACAGUGAGAGAGGACAAUCAAUAUUGUGUCAAAUGCUUUGAAAGCAUUUUUGCAAAUAAAUGUGAAGGAUGUAAAAAUCCAAUUGAAUGUGAUUCCAAGGACCUUACCUAUAAAGACAGUCACUGGCAUGAAGCUUGCUUUAAAUGUGCCAAGUGCACUUGUUCUUUGGUGGAGAAGCCUUUUGCUGCCAAGGAUGAGCUCCUGCUAUGUAUUGACUGCUACUCAAAUGAGUAUUCUGCAAAGUGUUUUAAGUGCAAUGCCUCCAUAAUGCCUGGUUCUCGUAAAAUUGAGUACAAAGGCUGCAACUUCCAUGAGACUUGCUUUGUAUGUCAAGGUUGCCAGCAGCCUUUAGCCUCCAAAUCAUUUGUGCCGAAGCACUCUAGCCUGUAUUGUAUUCCUUGCUAUGAGAAUGAGUUUGCACAGCAGUGUGCUGCCUGCCAAAAGGCCAUCACCAAGGACGGAAUAACUUUCGAAGGAAAGCCUUUUCACAAUCAGUGCUUUUUAUGUACCGGAUGUAGGAAGACACUGGCUGGAGAGAAGUUUACAUCAAAGGAUGAUUGUCCAUACUGCAUGGAUUGCUUCACUAAUCUUUUUGCACAAAAAUGCACUGCUUGUGCAAAACCCAUCACAGGUCAAGGAGGCGGCCAGUACAUCUCGUUUGAGGAUUGCCAGUGGCACAGCGACUGCUUCGCCUGUUCAAAAUGCAAAGCCUCCCUUGUUGGCCAAAGAUUCCUCUCGGAGCAAAGCCAAAUAUUCUGCACUGAGUGUGGCCAGGACAUGUAGAUGGAUAUGUCCGAGUGCAACAUUUCAUAGGGCAUUUCAUAUUUUUACAUGUCGCUAAAAAAAAUGUUUUGCACUGAAUGCUUAAUGUAUUUAAUGUGAACCUACGCUUGUGGGCAACACAUCAACUGCGUGGAGCACUGAAAAGUAAUGCAUUUAGUAUCAAUACAUAUUACACAACUAUUUUUGUUAUUUUUGCUGCCCACUCUUGGUUGCCUCAUAGUUUUUAAUAGUGCCGACCUUCCAGAGUAGUGAGGAAGGGCUGGUGACAUUUUUAUCCUACAUGCUCUAUGUGUGCACAGUGCGGGCCGCGCACUAGAUCAUAUACAAGGAGAAUAAUGGUAUGGGAAAUGAGUGUUUGCCUUAGUGGUCAUUGUAGAGUCUGGCUUUUCUGAUCAAAUACAGUAUGCUAGAGAAAAAAAAACUAUGUCUCAUCUUUUUUAAUUAGCUUCCUUUAAUUACCUUCAUACAGUGAAAGCAGACAUUUUGUGAACUUUAUGUAGUAAUUAGUGUUGAGCGAAUCCGAAUUUAAGGGAAAAUUGAAUUAGCUGCGAAGCUGAAUUUCCUCGUGCUUCGUAGUGAAUUGAUUUUCCCUGAAAUGUUGUAAAAAGCAAAAAAAAUAAAAAUCAUACUUACCUCCAUUUGCUCGUGACGGGUUGGCCGUCACCAUCUUGAUUGAAGAUCUUGCACAAAAUCCUGUACAUACGUAUGACGUCAUAACGCCUGCCAACGUGAUGACAUCAUCACGGGCCGCAUGAGAUUUCACACCAGAUCUUCUAUCAAGAUGGCGACGGCUGGCCUGUUGCGAGGAAAUGGAUGAGGUAAGUCUGAUGUAAUUAUUUUUUUCAAUUUUACACUGUAAUAUUGCUGUCAGAUGCCUCAAUCAGUUAUGAACGCGGCAUCUGAGGGGUACAACGACGGGGAGCGGCGCAAUCGUUGCUCCCUGUCAUUGCACCCACUACUAAUGCACUUUGUGACAAAGUAAUUUGCUUUGUGACAAAGUAAUUUGUCACAAAGCAAAUUUUUUUGUAAAAUUCAGCAAAUCUAAUUAACACCAGUGUUAACAUUAACACUAGUAGUAAUUACUUUUAGAGAUUCUGGGGAGAUCCAAUCAAAAUGAUCUUACGUUAUGACAUAGAUCUACAUGAGAACAUCAUGCUUGUGAAGUCACCAUUUAAUGAAAAGGGUUGGUUAAUAUUAAUAUUUGGAUAGUGAGCGUGCUGGUCACAUGAUAUAAUCGUGGACCGGAAUGGAGCUGAAAAUUGAUCAAAGUGCACACUAAGAGAGGCGAAGAGUGGAGUGCAUCUCAGUACCAGACGCAGCCCAUGGGAAAGAGUGAUACAGUAAAAAAGCAGACCCAUUUUUGUAAUCCUAUGAAACGAUUUUGCCCUGGACAUCUGUAUUUGGUACAAGCGUCCCCUGGUGAUAAGCUGAUCACAGACAUCUAUCUGCUGGAAGCAAUCAGUGAUCUGUGGGGGAACUUCUCAGCAAGUGUUCAAAUCCACUGCAGUGCCUCCACAGGAGAAACAAAGUAUUACACAAAAUCUAUUGAAAUUAUUGUACUAGAUCAAAGUGAACUAGAGACUUUUCUAAGUAAACACUGAUGAGGCUGGUGUACUUACUUUGAAAUGCAAAGUUAAUAUGGCUGUAUAAUGGUUUUUAAGUUUUCUUGCCUCAUAAUAUCAGAUUAUUAUUAUUAUUAUGGAAUUUUAAUAUGGAUUAUCAUAGCAAGUAGUGAUGAGCAUAAAAGUUCAUUGUAAUAUUGUACGGAGCGGUACCAAGGUUUUUUACAGUAAUAAUUAAUUCCCAAAGUUAUUACACAAAGUUUAACGUGACUUCGCAAAUGAAUACCUUCGACUCAUUGGAGCCAAUACCUUCUAAUAGUUCCCGCUCCAUACAAUAUUACAACAAAUUUUUAUGCGAAUCGACUUCGAAUGAAGCAUCUGAAGUCUAUCCGCUCAUCCCUAAUAGUAAGUACACUAGUUUCAUCAAGUCUUAGCUGUAUAUACUCAUGUAUGCAGUUUGUAUUGUAAAAUCUGCUUCUGUUUUAAGGCCUUUCCCUAUGGUCUGAGAUAACAGACUUCAUCAUUAUCUAAUCUCCCAUUUAAGGAAAAUUGGUAAUAGCUACUUAAAAUAUUGUUUAAUUAGAUUUAUUGCUGUGCACAUUUAGGUGACAAUUUAUCAUGAGGGAAAUAUUUGAGGUCAGUUUUGCAGAAGCUUGCAUCAACGUACCUUGCGGCAAAUUUUGCCUGCUGUUUGUUACAUUUGGUGCAUCCUUAAACCUAUCAUUUUUGUCUAGAGAUUCUAGUCUAGUACGUGGAGCAGCAAGGUGCUGAGUACGAUAUUACUUGCAACAUUUUGAUGGCAAAAUGCUGGUGCACCAGGUUUUAUAAGUGGCCCCCUUAGGACCCAUUCAGACAACCAUAUAUUUCUCUACGCCUCUGUUUCAAUGGGGCCACAAAAGAUGCGGACAGCACACCACAUUCUGCUCACAUCCGUAUCUUUGUUCCAGGCAACACAAAAAAGAUUUCUGUAUUUGUGGACAAGUAUAGGCAUUUCUAUCAUGGAGAAGAAUGGUCCGUUCUGUAAAACGCGGAAGGUACACAGCUGGAAUCUGUGUUUUGCGGAUCUGCUAAAACAGAUAUGGUCUUGUGAAUGAGCGCAAAGUGUUUUACAUUUUUGACUUUUGCAUCCUACAGUGAAUUAAGCAUGUCAAAUAUUUGAACAAUCUAAAAAAAAAAACAGGGUUUGUGAAGCAGUUUUUUGUAUUGUCACUCUAGCCUUCCUAGUAGCUCCCUUCAUAUCAUGUUAAAAGUUCUAGAAAAUCGGUAACGCUUGGCACUGAACCCUGCAUAUAAUGCAAUGUGAAAUGAAAGUCAGUGGAGAGGAUUUUAAAUAAUGGCAAUUAGACUACAGUCAUUUCCAUUUGCUGUCACUUUUGACCUUAGUCUGCGUGAUUAGGGUUUGUUUAGCUAGGGGAACAUGAGUUAUGAUUGGAGGAUAUAAGUAGACAUGUUACAUAAUAAGAGGCUAUUAGAAGAAGGCGUAGAAAGAAAAGAUGUAAUAGGAAACUUGAGUCAAUGUUAUUUCUGAACAUAAUAUAAAUCCAGCAGUGAAUACUUAUGUAUUAGGCUGCUAUGCUGCUUUAUUUGGAUAUUAAGGUAUGAAUUGUACUGCUUGAACACGCCACAACCAAACUUGCCUAAAGUAGAAUUCAUACAGUUUACUACAGAAACAUCAUAUUCUGUCACAUUAUAUCUGCCACUGUACAAACAUACAUUGUUGCUGCAACAAGAGGGCGUGUUUUCUUGGGGCAUUAUAUAUGCCAUAAUGGGCCACUGCCACAUUGUAUCAUAGGCAAACCAAGGAUUUGAUAACCCAAAUAAUAUACAGAUUUAUCAUCACAAACUUCAUAUAUUACUACAUAUUACUAUAACACUAACUCUGCUUGCAGUGCUCUAGGGCUAGGCAACAAAUGUCACCAUGUAAUCCUAGCCUAAAUACUACUGUCUAUUAGCCUGUCUGCUGGGUCCUGAAACAUAGCCCUGAUCAUACUGUGUGUUUCAGCACAUUGAUCACAUACACAAACGAUUAUUGCUAUCCUUUUACACCUUCUGCCUUCCCUAUUUACAAUGCAUAUUUUCUUUGUCUACUGUCUUGUUAUUAGUUAGCGCAGACAUUUCUGCAACAGGCCGCAGAGAGCAGCAUACAGUUACAUGUGACCCUACAGCAAUUAAGUGAUGGAUCUUCAUCAAAAUCUUACUAUACACCUAGAGCAGGGACACUCAACCUGCGGCCCUCCAUCUGUUGUAAAACUACAACUCCCACCAUGCCCUUCUGUAGGCUGAUAGCUGUAGGCUGUCCGGGAAUGAUGGGAGUUGUAGUUUUUCAACAGCUGGAGGGCCACAGGUUGAGCAUGCCUGAUCUAGAGCAUCUCUGUCAGGUCUCCUAUGCUGCCCAUGCUCGAGUAUACAUACAGUAGCUUUCAAUUUCAUUUAAAAACACAAAUGUAAAAUCACAAAAUGCAAUCGCACACUGCAACCAGCACUCUGCCCUGCCUUUAUGCUGGAUGCUGAAUAAGGCAUUGGUGUACAUUUUGGCCAAAGCGUAAUAAGCCACUCACCACGUCAAGGUCGCCUUC